UGGAUCUUCUCUUGUGAACAGAAAAAUAUCUGCUUACAUAUCAAUACUGGAUUCAGAGAUUUCAGAAAAGCUUCUUGUUCUUUAUCAAAAAGAAUCAAGCCUUUGGAAUAAUAAAAAAGCAUUUGUUUCUGUACUUCAUACAACUUAUCAUUAUUGCUUUUAAUCAUGAUCAUUUGUUGUUUUACAGGUCACAGAAUUAGUAGACUACACUGCUCGUGUUUACAAUAUGUUUUCAGUCUUCGAUGAAGUAAAGAGGGGCAUUUACAAAAGGGCAGAUGUUACUCCAGAACGUGAAAGCAGCAACAAGGAAAUAAAUAAAGCCAAACAGUAUAUUAAUGGCGCCUUAGAAAUCAAAGGAAGAGUAAUAGAUAUUGGUCAUGGGAUUAUCUGUGAAAAUGUUCCUAUUAUUACCCCAAAUGGAGAUGUGGUGGUUUCCAGGCUAAACUUCAAAGCCCUGCUGGAGGACAAUCAUUUCAGCAGCUGCUCUGCGGGACUAGCUGCAUUGCUUGCA